GAGCAGCCGAGACGGAGCGCUCAAUGUCACCUGGCACCGGCGAAUAUGUUUUUACCGCUAAAUCAAUAAACAGCUUGUCGUCGGGGGCGCUCAGAGCGAUUCAACAAGGGUGGCUCACUAAAUGUUCCAUGGCUGUACCCUAACUGCAUCAUUUGCUGGACCUCUUUCCUCCCCCCUCCUCCUCCUUCUUCUCCUUCUCCACCUCCCCUCUCCUGCUCCCUGACCCUCCUCCUCGACCUGGAGCCUAUUUAUACCCUGGAGACUCAGAGAGCCCAUUAAAGCUCUGCGGAUCUCUGAUGAGAGAGCCAACUGUGAGUGCAUCUCUGAUCACACAGAGUCCAGCCACUCUCCAAUCUGCUCCCCUUUUCCAACGGCUACAACCCCAAAAAAGUAAGGGCGCAGCCAGCAGCCACGUUUAAAGACAACAAGACGACUCCCUCCAGGCGCAGGUGACAAACUGCCCUUUUCCCCAUCCUACUGUCUGCAGCUGCAGCAGAUCUUGGACAGUCUAGAUACAGCUUGUGCCUGAGUGGAUAGACUGGAGAUUCGGCCCUGUUUAGUUGAAAUACAGCAAGUCGCUCAUACAGUUAAUAUAUCGACGAAGACAUCAAACCAGAUAUGAAACUUGGAGGGGGUCACUGAAAUUAUUCACAUCCUGAAUGGCUGAUAUACAUGAAGCACAGCUCCUCCACCAGUUCCAGCCAUGAGCUAAGCCCGCUCCACCCUGGGCGUCCUGUGCAGGAUGACUGCUGUGUGCCCCUCGGAGAACAGCCCCGAUGCGGCUGGAGGUGGGGCUGCCACAGCAGGCUCCAGGGGCUCAGGAGCAGCAGGCAUGACCGGGAGCAGCUCGGUGUCUGGGGCUGGGACCGGGGACUCCAGUUCGGGUGGGGGUAUAGUUGGUGGUAGCGGAGGACAGAGGUACACCCGCUGGAGCCGUCAGGACAGCUCAGACAUCAACACAGACGAUGAGGGAGCAUCGAUCCGCCGUCUCACUCCACUGGAAAAGCUGAACCUGGAUAUGUGUCAGGAUGAAAUGGUUGUCCGUGAGCUAACAGUCGGCAGAAGAAUUGGCUUUUAUAAAAUUCGAGGGGAAAUCGGCUGUGGAAACUUCUCCCAUGUCAAGCUAGGAAUUCACGCCCUCACCAAAGACAAAGUGGCCAUAAAAAUCCUAGACAAGACCAAGCUGGAUCAGAAGACUCAGAGACUGCUGUCCAGGGAGAUCUCCAGCAUGGAGAAACUGCACCACCCCAACAUCAUACGUCUCUAUGAGGUGGUGGAGACGCUGUCACGGUUACAUCUGGUGAUGGAGUAUGCAGGGGGUGGGGAGCUCUACACUAAGAUUACAACCGAGGGGAAACUCUCCGACAUUGACAGCAAGAUUGUCUUCUCUCAGAUCCUCUCCGCUGUCAAGCACAUGCAUGACAACAACAUUAUCCACCGCGACCUGAAGGCAGAGAACGUCUUCUACACCUGCAGCACCUGUGUCAAGGUGGGUGACUUUGGCUUCAGCACCUUGAGCCGCCGCGACGAGACGCUCAACACGUUCUGCGGCUCCCCGCCUUACGCUGCGCCUGAGCUCUUCCGAGAUGAGCAUUACCUGGGCGUCUUUGUGGACAUCUGGGCCCUGGGGGUGAUGCUGUUCUUUAUGGUGACUGGCACCAUGCCGUUCAGGGCAGACACCGUGGCCAAGCUGAAGCGCUGCAUCCUGGAAGGGGCCUACGUUCUACCGUCGUGGGUGCCAGAGCCGUGCCAGAGGCUGAUCAGGGGGAUCCUCCAGCCCCUGCCGUCGGACCGCUGCAGCGUGGAGCAAAUGAUGGGCUGUGAGUGGCUGCUCCCGGUGGACUUCCCGCGGGCCAUGGAUCCCUUCAAACUAGACCCAUCCCAUCUAGCGGAGAGCACGCCUUCUGAGCUGGAGGAGGAUGAGCUCGAGGUAAAAGGAGCACUGGAGAUGCUGGGGAUCACCUCCGAACACAUCCUCAACAACCAGGGUAAAGACUGCAGGAGCUCCAUCACAGGGGUCUACAGGAUCCUGCUGCACCGUGCUCACAAGAGACGGGCUGUCGAGAGCAUGCCUGUGGUCACACAUGUAGCUGGGACAAGUGUGUCAAGCAAGAAGGAACGUCUAAAGGUGUAUCGUAGUUUGCGGCACACAUCCAAACUCUGUGUAAUUCUGUGACAAAUAGCUCCGCCUCGCUCUGAAAAUAAAUAAACAUUACAGUCCAAGAUGAGAUUGCAUGAAUUGAGCCAGACUUCGUUAUUGGAAGUUUUUAAAAAAAGUGCUUUUUAGUCCAGCAGUAAGUUGAAAUUGUGGUUUGUGAAGCCAAUCACCUCUUGAAGUCUGGAUUUACUUACUUUAGUGUUUUUCUUCUAAAUUAAAUCAAUCUCUGUGAGAAUGUUGCUACCAGCAGAUCAUGAUUGUCUCCUCUUUUUGAUGUGGACCUGGACUCAAAUGGAUGAACCAUGAUAUAUCAAUUUAAACUGAGUUAUUUAUAGGCUGUUACAAUGAUUAGAUGACAUAACCCACAGAUGAGGUUGCAUUGUAUCACUGUACAUGGGUCAUGCUGCAAGACACCCAGCUGUCUAAUUUCUAUGGUCAGUUUAGCUCUAACAUAAAGAGGGGAAAUGUCUGCACACAUUAUAUUUGCCGUACUUUAUUGUCCCCUGGUUGCAAACACAACAUUUCGCUCUGGAAGGGCUUCAUCUGGUACGAAUCUGUUUGUAAAAAGAGGAGAAUAAAGCACAAGAAUAUAAUACACUGUGUGCGCACAUUACUCAUCUUUGCCUUGUCUUUUUUUUUUUUUUUUUUUUUUUUUUUUGGUCCAGCACCAUUAAAAAAAAAAAAAAAAAAAAAAUGGGAUGUGCAUAGACAACCUGUUCUGACCUUUUGCUAUAACACCAUAAAAGCCUAUGAAAUAUCAAUGUAGCACUCUUAAAAGCAGAAAGAGCUUAAAAUUCCAAUUAUUGUGCUGAGGCAAUAACCAACAAGGUGAAGAAAUAUGAAGUCAAGACACAGACUGCCUUGUCUUUAAUGUUUAAUUGCACUUUUCUUGGAUGCCUUAGUUUUCUUCUCUGUUGUGUUGGCUGGUGUCAUCUCAUGAUUAAUGUACAUCCUAAUGAACAGAUGUACCACAGAGAUAAUAUACAGCAUAUUAUCUGAUUUAUCUCUAUGAGAUGUUCCUGUUGUUUGAAUGGUUGGCCCUGCCCUGGCUCAGCAAUGCUGAAUGGCCCUUAGUUUUUCCUGGUUCCAAAAAAAUAAAUAAAUAAAAAAAAAAGCCAAUAAAUGACAUUAAGCUAUCAAUACCACCCACCAAAGCUAUCAGUUGUUGAUGUGGCAAAACAGUCUUAAGCAGCCUAUUUUGUUAUGAGUUAUUGACUCAUUAGACUUUGUAAUUGGGCUUAUAUUGUCAUCUGAUGCCAUAUUCAUGCUGCCUAUGUAGUAAUUGAAAUAAACCAGUUUGAAACACA